AAAUGUCUUGGAAAUGCACAGAGGAUAAACAUUAUGAAGAAUGUUUAAUUAACGUUGUUCGCAGAAUUGGAUACACAGUAGUUUGUCCAAUAUUUAUUUUCCUCGGUAUAUUCGGCUGUAUUAUGAAUUUAAUGGUUAUGACAGGUCCUAGGUUUAGGAGUAAAACAUAUCUAUAUCUCCGCGCUCUUUCAGUUUCUGAUCUGAUCUUCCUGUGCUGGUGUGUCAGCUUCUUCUAUUCUGUAUUCAGUGAAGCGAAAAGUGCAGGUUUUCUCACUUAUCAGGCACAAUAUGAAAAGGCAUUGGUAAACGGCUUUGUAGGAACAUCAAUCUUCAUCAUUGUAGCAGUUACCCUUGACAGGUACUACCGGAUAUGUCGACCCGGAAACCUGCCUAGAGAUAAUCAAUCCGGAGUUUAUAUCUGUAUAUCCAGGUACUACCGGAUAUGUCGACCCGGAAACCUGCCUAGAGAUAAUCAAUCCGGAGUUUAUAUCUUUAUUGCUGUAUUCGGUGGAUUCGCAAUUCAAGUCCCUCGAGUGUUUCAAGAAACAAUAGCCACUGAGUGUGUUCGAGUUGGCUUGAUGAACCAGACCUGGCGGACCGGAAGGUUUCAUGGAGCUCUUUGCAACUGUCAGGGAACCUCGGGGCACUCAAAUUACUUUUCCGGACUUUUUUGUAUGAAAACCACUCUUAGCUUUAAAUAUCAUUGCGUUUUACUUAAUUUCUAAGUGCUGCAGCUAGAACAUGCUAGGGAGGCUAUAGACUUUGGGAAAUUACAUUACAUCUUAAAUUAGAUGAAAAUAAGGAACUUAGCCGAAAACUUGAGAAUUGGAGAUGUCGAGAUCAAUGCUUGAUAUUCUCCUUUUGUUCAUCUGAAGAUUAAUAUAAUCUUUAUUUUGAUAUCCAAAUUGGUUGUAUUUUGAUAUCCAAAUUGGUUGUAUUUUAGGCACUUUUCUGGAUAUGAUCAUAUCAAUCAGCAGUUUAAUAAAAAGGUGAGAUCAUGCAUUGAUCUCGAUAUCCGCAUUUCUAAAGUCGUUUGCAUCAGAAGCCAGGAAAUUUGUUGCAUAAUAAAUUGAGAAAAUUCUCAUUAGUGAGAACCCAGCAGGGAUCUAAC